UAUUCUGUUACAUUGUAGCAAAAUGGCGACUGUCAUUCACAACCCCCUGAAAGCGCUUGGAGACCAGUUCUAUAAGGAGGCCAUUGAGCACUGCCGGAGCUACAACUCAAGGCUGUGUGCAGAGCGCAGUGUGCGUCUCCCCUUUCUGGACUCACAGACUGGGGUGGCCCAGAACAAUUGCUAUAUCUGGAUGGAGAAGAGGCACCGAGGCCCAGGCCUCGCACCAGGCCAGCUGUAUACAUACCCUGCCCGCUGCUGGCGUAAGAAGAGACGAUUGCACCCGCCAGAGGACCCAAAGUUGAGGCUGCUAGAAAUAAAACCCGAAGUAGAGCUGCCCCUGAAGAAAGAUGGGUUCACCUCAGAGAGCACCACACUGGAAGCCUUGCUGCGUGGGGAAGGGGUGGAGAAGAAGGUGGACGCCAGAGAGGAGGAAAGCAUCCAGGAAAUACAGAGGGUUUUGGAAAAUGAUGAAAAUGUAGAAGAAGGGAAUGAAGAAGAGGAUUUAGAAGAGGAUGUUCCCAAGCGGAAGAACAGGACCAGAGGACGGGCUCGUGGCUCGGCAGGUGGGAGGAGGAGGCAUGAUGCUGCCUCUCAGGAAGACCAUGACAAACCCUACGUCUGUGACAUCUGUGGCAAGCGCUACAAGAACCGGCCGGGACUCAGCUACCACUACGCUCACACCCACCUGGCCAGUGAGGAGGGGGAUGAAGCCCAAGACCAGGAGACUCGGUCCCCACCUAACCACAGAAACGAGAACCACAGACCCCAGAAAGGACCAGAUGGGACAGUCAUUCCCAAUAACUACUGUGACUUCUGCUUGGGGGGUUCAAACAUGAACAAGAAGAGUGGGCGACCUGAAGAGCUGGUGUCCUGUGCAGACUGUGGACGCUCUGGUCAUCCAACCUGCCUGCAGUUCACGCUGAAUAUGACUGAGGCUGUCAAGACCUACAAGUGGCAGUGCAUAGAGUGCAAAUCCUGCAUCCUCUGUGGGACCUCGGAGAAUGAUGACCAGCUACUCUUCUGUGAUGACUGUGACCGUGGCUAUCACAUGUACUGUUUAAAUCCCCCAGUGGCUGAGCCCCCAGAAGGAAGCUGGAGCUGCCAUUUAUGCUGGGAACUGCUCAAAGAGAAAGCCUCAGCCUUUGGCUGCCAGGCCUAGAGGCCCCAGUCAUGUAAUAUGACAUGCCACUGGAGAGGCUAAACUGGAGCCCAGUUCAAACCAGAUGGAGGUCUCCUCUCGCAUAGCUACACAGACCAACUCUAAGGAAAAUGAAUAAUCACAGAAGGGCAUGGACAUGUGGAACCAAGAGGGCGAGGUCUCUACUUAGCUCCUACCCCACAUGUGUUACUUCUGCCAACACUUCCUUAUUUCUGCCAGAAGGAUCUUGCACUUUUGAAGAACAGCCCAGCCCCAGCCCUGCGGAACCCUACUCACGCUCACCCUCACACCGCAACUCUCUCUUGGCUUCCCAUUUUAGUGGAAGCCAUCUUAUGACCACUCAUCAAUCACUCGUGUGUAGUUUGGUGUUUUCUUUUUUUAUCUAUUGUGUUCCAAGAAAUCUUCACACAGUCAUCCUCAUCCCUAGCUUAGGAUCCUUAUCUUAAACUCUCACAGGAGGAACAAAAUAUUGUAGAGAAGUUGUUCAUUAUAAGCCACAUUGGAAAUUUCUCUGUUUGGAGGCCAUCUUGAAGAUGGACCCUCAAAAUCCCCUGGUUUCCUUGGUCUCUGUGAAGUAGAAGGACUUGCUGUCUAGAACUUCAGCAGUGGAAACCACAGCCAGGAUGGUCUUGAUCCAUUGCAUUACCUCUUGGUGGUGGGGGGUCGGGUUGCGGGGGAGUGAGGUGGAGGGCAUGAGAGAUGGGAGGAGACAUUAAGAAGGCCCCGCUAGUGAGUAUUUGUUGUCCAUUAGGAGAGACUUUGGUUCCUUGACCUUUAGAGAUAAGGCAUCCUUGAGGUAAGACAAGCCACAGUCUAUGGACACAGAAAAAUGCUGACGACUCUGCCUUCCAAGUAAGCUGAGUGUCUAGGCCUGGCUCAGUUUCCCCUGGUGAGACUCGGGCACCAGCUGGGUGAGCAAAGACUGCCCAUUCAAUGGUCCAGUGUUGGAUUCAAGAGACUAUAGCUUUGAGAAACCCUUCAGUAUUGGUAUGACACUAUGAAUUCCUGUUCCCAAGCAAUAUCUUCCUUCCACGCAGUGUAUAUUUGUCAUUGUCUACUGAGAUGUGACUGGAAAUUUUAGGACGGAGGAGAGAUGAGUUACUUAACCUGAUGAUUAGGGUAAAGUGAUCAUUUGUGACCAGGUGGCAAGGAUUUGGAACCCCUGGCUUUCUUGUCUCCUAAGUUCCCCCAUAUGAGCUGGACUCUUGUUUUAAAAGAGGAAGUUUCCAGAAGAAAGAGUUAAGGAGGCCUAGAUUCCAAGAACUCUGUCUGUUGGAAGAGAGCCCCGUGGGCUGGAGUGGGUUGGACUGUCUUUGAGUCACAGUAACAGCAUAAUAACUGACACAUUUCUGGAAAAAUCAUUGCCCAAAGGGCAGGUCUCUGUGAGCAGGACCCUCACGCAUGCUCAACUUCCCUGAAAUCAGCUCCAUCUCUAUGGUCCAGCAGCUUGCAACAAAGGCCUGGGUUAUUUUUAGACUUUAGCUCCUGAAGAAGCCCCUGGAGACCCUGACUAGUUGGGCCACUCUGCCUGGCAGCAGUUCUGCCUCAGCCUCUCCACAGGAGCCCUCCUCUCCCAUGGCUAAUUGCUCUUGGCACGUGGAGCCAAGCUGUGUGGGUCCCCCCUCCACUCCUUUGCAGAGUGACCUGUGGCAAGAGAAUGGGGAUCACUCUCCUGCAGACCUUGUGCCUCAGAGAGCGUUAUAUGCAUACAUAAUGAUCUCAUUUAAAAGGCCCCUGUUCAGAUGGGAUUCCUGUCUUCCCCAUACGCUCUCUUCUUCCUCCUGCUGGUUGCUGAGCCCAUGUGGAUUCUGAAGGCCCAGGGAGGGGCCAUCUCCUCUCGUGACUCUGCUGGCUCUUUCUCUUCCCACAAAACUCAAAGCAGGAUGAUCUUAAAGGCUGAUUAUUGGUUUGGGGAGUUAUUUUAAAUUAAUUUUGGAGGAAAGAAAAAGAAAAAUCCCAAAUGUUCCAGAAUGCUACACUGACUUAAAAGUGGAAAAAACAAUUCUGAAACCCAAAAUGUGGCUCUGGGAUUUGACAGAUUCCCUUUGGAGAGAGAGAGGAGAGAGAGAGAGAGAGAGAGAGAGAGAGA